CGCGCUCCCCUCCCCCUCGCCAGGGUGCCCUCCCUAGCCGACCCCUAGGACUCAGGGCCGCUUGUCCACCCCCAGACGUGCCGGGGGUCCCCGAGGAGGGGCCAGCCCAGCCGAGGCGCGACCAUGGAGGAGCCGCAGCGCGCGCGCCCGCAUACCGUCACCACCACCGCCAGCUCCUUCGCCGAGAACUUCUCCACCAGCAGCAGCAGCUUCGCCUACGACCGGGAGUUCCUCCGCACGGUGCCCGGGCUCCUCAUCGUGGCGGAGAUCGUUCUGGGACUGCUGGUAUGGACGCUUAUCGCUGGGACUGAGUACUUCCUUGUCCCUGCGUUUGGCUGGGUCAUGUUCGUAGCUGUAUUUUACUGGGUCCUCACCGUCUUCUUCCUCAUCAUCUACAUAACAAUGACCUACACCAGGAUUCCCCAGGUGCCCUGGACUACAGUGGGUCUGUGCUUUAACGGCAGUGCCUUCGUCUUAUACCUCUCAGCUGCCAUUGUGGAUGCAUCUUCUGUCUCCCCAGAGAGGGACAGCCACAACUUCAACAGCUGGGCAGCCUCCUCGUUCUUCGCCUUCCUGGUCACCAUCUGCUACGCUGGAAACACAUAUUUCAGUUUUAUAGCUUGGAGAUCCAGGACCAUUCAGUGAUUUGCCAUUUUGAGAAUUAAGGGGGAGAGAGGGAAGAAUCUCACUGUAAAAGCAGCUGUAGGUAUAAUGUAUAUUUCCAGAGAAUUGUAUUUAACUAAUGUUUUUAUAUACUUAGUUAAAUUUUGCUCACAGUGGUUUGUUAAAAUUAAACUAAAUACUUAUUUGCAAAGCACUGUAGUUAUAAUGAACUCUUAAAGAUCUUGUUGAUGUCUUCAUAGACCUUAUUUUCUUAGACAAUGUAUAAAUAGAUAAAUGCUAAUAUUAAGAAGCUGUCAAGUUUGUAAACCUAACUUUUAAAAUGCCAGAUUUUUUUUUUUAUUAAAUGUUUCAAAAUCCUGGGUAAUGUAUAUGAUUUGAGAAAGGAGACCUAUUGCCAAAGCCCAAAGCUGGGUGCUUUGAGAAAAUCUUCAUCCUCAGAGGGCUGCCUAGGUCCGAUAUUGCCAGGAGCCACCAGCCGAGGGUGGCAUCAGAGACCCAUCUUCCUAAGUCUGGGAAUCAUCGGUGUCCAUGAUUCUCAUGGGCUAACUGGUUGGCCCAGAGAGCAUCUAAUGAGACCUUGGCCUUGGAGCUUGGUAAUGAGCUUAUCCUAAGUGGUGCUGCUGAGUCUAGUUUCUGGUGUGCUAGUGGUAUUUUUCCUAAUACCUGUUAAAAUCAGUGCAUAACUAUUAAGAGGAUAAGUACUCACAUGUACCUUAAAAUCAUCUUGCUGGCCUUAGUGACAUGUAUACCAUGCCUUGUGGAAAAUACCCAACCAAUUUCUCAAAUCUCCAAUCUCUAGCACUAAUAUUGUGUAACAUCAUCGUUAGAUAUCAGAUGGUGGGAAGAACCACAGUUAGCAAGGCAGAUGUGCACUCAGGGGAAGUGUUUUUCGGCAGGAGGGUUCUUGCUGCUGCGGCAGUGUAUCUCGGGUGAUUUUUCAACACGAGCCUUUUUUCGAAAAACAAAAAACCACAGAAACGUUAGUAUAGUUAAUGACAGUAAAGAGACUUUCGGCCGGGCACUCUGCAGUCACGACCCCUGUGGCCUCUGCUAUUCUGUUUUACAGCACUGUUUCUCCCUUGUUUGUUGCUUGUUAGUCUUUCUGUUUAUCUGAUUCUAAUGCUUUAUCCAAGCUCUGUUUACCCCUAAAUAGAAGUGUUGGGAUUCCUUCAGUGUCUGAUAACACCCACCCCAGACAAUGAAGAAUGUUCUUGGGUUUUGGGUCCCAAGAGGUAGUGGUGAGGGGAAACCAAGAAUGAGAGGUGAUAUAGGGUACAGGUGUGUGGGAGUGGGUGGAUGUUGGGGACACAGGAGGUCACUCUGAGUCCAACAUUUAGCAAGCCAUGAGGUUGAGCUUUAGCCACACAGACCUGCAAAUGAUCAGGGCUGCGAUCUUUUUAGAGCUGUAUUUCCCAGUCGUCACCAAGACAGCCUCUGACUUGCUCAUUUUGCAAUAAAAGCUGAAAUAACUAGUC